AUUUAGAUGUAUCAAUGGAUACAUGGAGCUUUUUCUCUACUUCCCUGGUGUCCUUAUGGCUGCACAGAUUUUACAUCUAUUCAGUUGUUGCUUUUGGGAUCAGCGUUUGGAUCCUCGCUCAGUUCUUCACCACCAAAACCAAAACGAAGGGCCAAAAAUCCAGCAGGAUUGCUUCUGAAGGAACAGAAGACAAACUAGGAAAUGGAUAUGCCACCCUGCAGGCAAAGGAAGUCCAUGUGGCUGGGGUAAAGAUCUUCUACGGGUCUCAGACUGGCACAGCAAAGAGAUUUGCCAAAGGUCUGGCUGAAGCAAUUAUUUCCCUUAAUUUACCUGUGGAAGUCAUUAGCAUGGGGGACUAUGAUCCGGAUGAUUGUUUAGCAGAGGAGACAACCAGCAGGAACAUUUGUGUGUUCCUGGUAGCUACGUACACAGAUGGACAGCCAACCGAGAGUGCAGCCUGGUUCUGCAAGUGGGUAGAAGAGGCAGCGAAUGACUUUCGCUUUGGGAAAACGUAUCUGAAAGGCCUGAGAUAUGCUGUGUUUGGCUUGGGAAACUCGGUUUAUGUUGAUCAUUACAACACAGUUGGAAGAAGUAUUGACAGGUGGCUGUGGAUGCUCGGUGCCAGCCGUAUCAUGACUCGUGCCGAGGGGGACUGCAACGUGGCCCAGAGCAAGCGUGGCAGCAUCGAGGCUGACUUUGAAGCCUGGAAAGCCAAGUUCCUCAGUCGACUCCAGUUACUCUGCAGAGGGGAAAAGAAACCCUGCAGUGGGAAGUGCAAGAAAGGGAAGUGCAAAUCUCCAGGGAAGCAGAGCAAGGAGAGCUCCAAUCACGAACAUGGGGCAUCAGAAUAUGAGAAUACUGAGGCAGUGGAAUUGUUUGAAACCAGUAGUGAGGAGGAGGCUGAUGCUGAGGAAGCUGGAGGCACAAAUUCCGUCAUUGAUGUUGAAGAUCUUGGCAAUAUCAUGAACCACAUGAAGAAAGCAAAG